GCGGUCUGAACAGUCCAAUAUCCGCGCGCGCACGUUGUUUUAAAUUUUCUCUUAUGCUGACUUAUGGAGAGAAACCGCGCGUGACAAUUUCGUUUUGUCAUUUCGACUUUCAGUCAUAACAAGACGUCUCAACACAUUAUCCCUAGUGACAUUUACUUUACCUCUUCACGUGAAUAACAAAUAAACACAAACAGCAUGUGAUAUCCAAUUAAAAACGUGCUAAUUGCUUCUCUCAGUGUUUCGUGACUGAAAGUAGUGUUAUUCUAGCAAACACUUUCAUUUUUUUGGAAUAUUAAUAUACAAUUUUGUGGAUAUAAUGAGCUUUUGAAAAUGUUAUUCUGUCAUAACAGCAUACAAAUUGUUGACGAAAGUUCUAGUGAUUGUGAAAUACAAGUUAUAAAAUUUCAAGUUAAACCACCAAUAUUAUUAAAUUAUUAAAACUGUUUAUAGAUUUCAAGUUAGAAUAAUUAAGAACGUGUUAUAAUUUUAUUUCGACUAAUUGACCUUAUUCUGUUCAUUUACAUUUUUAGUAAUUACAUUCAAAUAAAUCAUCCGAAAAGCUAUAUAUUUUUUUAAUAAAUAUACGUGAGUGUUUUACUGCCGUUUAUAUUGUGAUUUAAUCGGCUGAUUAUAAUUAUACGUUUAUUGUCGAUGAUUCUAUUUAAGUUUAAACAAAAUUUUUAUUACAUAUAUACUCAUAUACGGAGCAUAUUUUCUUAACAGUAUCAUCAAAGUCUAAUUUUUUUAUCCCAUAAAAUUUUAUGUAAAGUAGAAUACAUUAAGGUGGCUUACGAAUGUAUGUAGACAAAUAAACGCUAGACAAAAAUAAAAACGCAUGUAGUUCAACAAAAUAUCAUAAUAAUUAUUAUGCAAUUUUAAGUGGUAAUUUUUUUAAAAGUCGUUGUAAAAAAAAAAGGUUGUGUUUGUUUUAGUUGAAAUUCUGAGUGACUACGAGAAUAUAAAAUUGAAAUGUUGACCAACCCCAAAGAAAACUUUAUCUAAAAGUAAUUUAUUUUAAAUUAAAGUUAAAAUAUUAACUACAUGUUUAUGUGAGUGAAUUAAUGAUAUUGCAGAAAAAAUUUUGGUAAAUACUGUUUAUGUUCUUCUCAAGAAAUGAUGAAUGAUCUUAUUGCAUGUUAGCAAAUGCUUUGGAAGUGAUUACUGUCGCAUUACUGUCGAUGUAGAACUGAGACAAGAAGAUAAACAAAAGAUUUGAUAUACUUGUUGGAGUAGAUUAUGUGAGGGAAGACAAGAAAAUAUAUAGAAAUAUCGAAGAUGUGUGUCAUCGGAAAUGGAACAUGGAUGCUUGGCGUCUUUGCUUUGGCUGUCAUCAGUUAUGGUAUUCCAAGCUAUGGUGCACUACACAGUAGCAAAAACUCGGAAUUCUCCAACCAAAUAGCUGUGGACGAUCCAUCGUCAAAAAGUGGUCCAUACUUUGAUGUUUCAGCGUCAAAAAACGUCACAGCUCUUUUAGGAAAGACGACAUACCUCAACUGUCGAGUAAAAAACCUUGGCAACAAGACACAACUAAAUGUGCCAUUACAAGUGUCGUGGGUGCGACAUAGAGACAUUCAUCUAUUAACAAUUGGACGUUACACGUAUACAAGUGACCAACGAUUUCGUGCCAUUCACAACGUUCACUCGGACGACUGGACACUCCAAAUAAAGUUCCCUCAAUUGCGGGAUACUGGGAUAUAUGAGUGUCAAGUUUCUACGACCCCUCACAUGAGUCAUUUCGUUCAUCUCACUGUCGUUGAACCAACGACCGAAAUUGUGGGUGGACCAGACCUUUAUAUCGAUCAGGGAAGUACCCUCAACCUCACAUGUAUCGUUCUAAAUGGCCCAGAGCCACCAGCGUACAUUUUUUGGAAUCACAAUGAUGCGAUAAUCAGCUACGAUUCUUAUAGAGGUGGUGUUUCUGUUAUCACAGUGAAGGGUGAAAUAACGACAAGCUUUUUGUUGGUUCAAAAUGCCAUGCCUUCAGACUCGGGAGAAUACACUUGCAAUCCAAGCAAUGCUCAAGCCAAGUCUGUUACUGUUCAUGUUCUCAAUGAGUAUCCUGCGGCAAUGCAGCAUGGUGGUCAAGCAAAACAACCCAGAUUUUAUUCUCUCCUACUUUGUCUCUGUCUACUGCUCUAUUAAAUUUAUCUCCGUAAAAUUUGCGGAUGUUCUUCAAAACCAGUAGUGACACAUGAGACUAUUCAGCACAGGUCACUGUGUAAACUUUAUAAAUCGUCAUUUUAGUCACAUAAGGAUGUGCUAUAAUGUCGGGCAAGAGGGUGCACAAAGAGACAGGUAUUCGAAAAGGUAAUAGGAGCCAAAAGAACAUGCUGGACACUUGGCUUCAUUUUCACAAAGAGGGUCAAAUUAUUUUAGUAUAUUAUACCAUCUAAACUCUCAUCAUCUCGUCACAUUUUAUUGAGAAAAUUUGAUUAUGGAAUGAUAGCUGAUAAUAUUUAUAACAAUCCGUUAAAAUGUAUGUGUAAAUUUUUCAUUUAUUAAAAUCAUGUAAAACUAUUUAAAUACGUUUAAUAAUUAAGAUCUUUUAUAUAUAAUGGAUAAAUUUAUCAGUAGAUAAGUUGAAAUAUGUAUAUUUAAACCAUGAAACGUAUAUUAGUAUACAUAUAGA